UUUCCUUAAUCUUUUCCCAAAUUACAGCAAACAAAGACCGCCCAAAGCAAAAAAAUAAAAAAACCUCUCUUCAAUCUUCCCUCUCAAGUCAAUUUUCAUUUUCGUCAAAAAAAAAUUCACAUCUUUUAGAUCUGUUUUACUUCAAUUUUAUCAGUUACUACUCUGUGUGUGUGUGUUUAUGCGCAAAAUUAUUUAAAUUGAUGUUAAGGAAAGAUCAAUUGAGUAAUUUGAUUUCAAAUUGGGAAAUUGAGUGUCUUUAACCGGGUCAGGUUUAAUUUGUUGGUUUUUUAGGGUUUUUGAAAUUGAAUUACUGUUAUGACGACUGCCGAAGCGUUAAAUGUGAUUCCAGCUGCUGUUUUGCGUAAUUUAUCGGAUAAGUUGUAUGAGAAGCGUAAAAAUGCUGCAUUGGAGUUGGAAGGGAUUGUUAAGCAUUUGACAUCUAUGGGUGAUCAUGAUAAGAUCAAUGCUGUUAUCAGUUUGUUGUCCCACGAGUAUACUUACUCACCUCAGGCUCAUAACCGGAAAGGAGGAUUGAUAGGUCUGGCUGCAGUAACGGUUGGUUUGACUACAGAAGCAGCGCAACACCUUGAGCAAAUUGUACCACCAGUCUUACACUCUUUUUCGCACCAAGACAGCAGAGUUCGUUAUUAUGCCUGUGAAGCUUUGUAUAACAUAGCAAAGGUUGUAAGAGGAGAUUUCAUCGUAUUCUUCAAUCAGAUCUUUGAUGCUUUGUGUAAGCUUUCGGCGGAUUCAGAUGCCAACGUGCAAAGUGCUGCUCAUCUUUUAGAUAGACUUGUGAAGGAUAUUGUCACAGAGAGCGAGCAAUUCAGCAUUGAAGAAUUUAUUCCUUUGCUGAGAGAACGAAUGAAUGUCCUCAGUCCUCAUGUCCGCCAAUUUCUUGUUGGGUGGAUCACAGUUUUAGACAGUGUUCCGGAUAUUGAUAUGCUCGGUUUUCUUCCUGAUUUUCUUGAUGGAUUAUUUAAUAUGCUGAGUGAUUCUAGCCAUGAAAUACGGCAACAGGCUGAUUCUGCACUUUCAGAGUUUUUACAAGAGAUUAAGAAUUCUCCAUCUGUAGAUUAUGGCCGCAUGGCUGAAAUACUAGUGCAAAGGGCAGGCUCACAGGAUGAAUUUACUAGGUUGACUUCUAUCACUUGGAUAAAUGAAUUUGUGAAACUUGGUGGAGAUCAACUUGUCCCUUAUUAUGCUGACAUUCUGGGAGCAAUAUUGCCUUGUAUAUCUGAUAAAGAAGAAAAAAUAAGAGUUGUUUCUCGUGAAACAAAUGACGAACUUCGUGCAAUUGAGGCUGACCCAGCUGAGGGAUUUGAUGUAGGAGCAAUCCUCUCUGUUGCUAGGAGGCAGUUGUCUAGUGAAUGGGAGGCAACACGUAUUGAAGCAUUACAUUGGAUGUGGACCCUGCUUAAUGGACAUCGGUCAGAGGUCUUGGUUUUUCUGAAUGAUGUCUUUGACACUCUCUUAAGGGCGCUAUCAGAUCCCUCCGAUGAGGUAGUACUCUUGGUGCUUGAGGUACACGCAUGCAUAGCUGAAGAUCCGCAACACUUCCGCCAGCUGGUUGUUUUCCUAGUUCACAGCUUUCAGCACGAUCACUCACUCCUGGAGAAACGUGGAGCUUUGAUAAUUCGACGGCUAUGUGUACUUCUAAAUGCUGAAAGAGUUUACCGUGAACUGUCCACAAUACUUGAAGGAGAAUCAGAUUUGGACUUUGCAUCUGUGAUGGUUCAGGCUUUAAACUUGAUUUUGCUUACUUCACCUGAGUUGUCUGACCUUCGGGAUCAUCUUAAACAAUCACUGGUCAAAGAUGCUGGGAGAGACUUGUUUCUUUCUUUGUACGCAUCAUGGUCCCAUUCACCAAUGGCGAUGAUAAGUCUCUGCCUAUUAGCUCAGGCAUAUCAGCAUGCAAGUUCUGUUAUUCAGUCUUUGGUUGAAGAAGAUAUCAAUGUGAAGUUCUUAGUGCAGCUUCAUAAGUUGAUCCACCUUCUGGAGACUCCAACCUUUGCUUACCUUAGGCUGCAGCUUCUUGAACCUGGAAGAUACAUAUGGUUGCUAAAAGCAUUAUAUGGUCUGUUGAUGCUGUUACCGCAGCAAAGUGCAGCUUUCAAGAUUCUUCGUACUCGGUUGAAAACUGUUCCUUCAUACUCCUUCAAGGAAGAGAAAGUUGCACGAACAUCGUCUGGGAUUCCAUUUUUCAAUGGAGGAGGUGGAUUACAAGUUUUAGAGGAUGGCAACCCAAAUGAGAAUUCGCAUGAUAUGCAUAAUGGAAUUAACUUUGCUUCUAGGCUGAAGCAUUUUAAGCAAAUUCAGCAGGAGCAUCGUUCGCAUUCAAAGUCAGAGACUCAUUCACGUUUUAAUUCUGCUUCAUCAAUGAAGGAGUUAUGAAGACCAGAAGAAUCAAAAACAAUCUGCUGCAGCAACAGACUUGAACAGGCCUUCUUCAAUACAGUUGCAACUUUGAUUGUUUUCCCGUGAUCCUAAUCGAGGUUUCUUGUACAGCAAUCUUGAUUUGCUUUCUUUUUAUUUUUUGAAAGCGUAGUCAAGCUUCGCUAAGUUGUAAAUUGUAUAUCUUAGUAGUUUGUUUUGUCAAAUUCAUUGAGUUGGAAAAAGGGGGGAAGGGGUAUAACUUUUUGCUUGGAUAUUCCCAAGCAAUAUGUUUUUUUUUUAAAAAAAAUUCUUUGAAAGAUUUUGAAGGUAAAAUUAGUGCAUGUGGUUAUGUUAUUAUUUUGUUGAAGGGGGCCCUUGGAGCACCAAUAAAAUUGUCUCCGUGUGACCUAUAGGUCACGGGUUCGAGCUGUGAAACUAGCCACUGAUGCUUGCGUCAAGGUACGUCACACCUUUUUGGGGUGGGACUCUUCCCCAGACGUUGCGUGAAUGGGGAAUGUUGUGUGCACCGAGGUGCCCUUUUUACCAUAUGAACAAACAGGGAGAUGCGUAGGAUAUGAAACUUCCUUUUAUUCACAAGUCUUUCUAUUACAAAGAUUCAAUUGGUGUAUUAUGCAUCACUCUAGUGAAUGAUGUAUCCUUCAUCCCAUUCGUGUUACUUGGAUUUGAAUAAUUCUCAAAGCUUGAGUUUUGUGAUAUUUCCCAUGUUUUCUUUGAAACAGUACUCAUCUAAUAAAUUGCAUGUACAGGUUGAUCC